AUGGAGCCGCGUCAACUGGAGAAGGAGACCUCCUUCCAGACGUUUCCCGCACUGUUUCGCCUGUUUGUCCACGGUGAUCUACCUAAAGACACGCUGAUGAUGGGUUAUGCCCGCUCAAAUAUGACGCAGGAGGAGUUCCACGAGCGCAUCUCUGGCCACUUCAAAGGCACUGACGAGCAGAAGCAGGCAUUUUUGCAGCGCUGCCGCUACAUGGCCGGCCAGUACGACGACGAUGAGGCAUUUGCCAAGCUGAACGAUGCCCUGACAAAGUGGGAGGAUGAGCGUGGCGGUGGUCAGCGCAACCGCGUGUUCUACUUUGCGCUGCCGCCGAACGUGUUCGUCCCCGUGUCGCACCACCUGCGAAAGACGUGCUACGCCGAUGACGGUAUCAACCGUGUGGUUGUGGAAAAGCCAUUCGGCAAGGACCUCGAAACCUGCAGCCAUAUGCUGAAGGAAAUGCAGAGUAUGUGGACCGAGGCAGAGACGUUCCGUAUCGACCACUACCUCGGCAAGGAGAUGGUCAAGAACAUUAUCCCGCUCCGUUUCGGCAAUCCCGUUGUGGAGCAUACGCUCAACAAGUAUAUGGUCGACAAUGUACAGAUUACGUUCAAGGAGCCGUUCGGCACCGAGGGCCGGGGUGGCUACUUUGAUGACUUCGGCAUCAUCCGCGAUAUUCAGCAGAACCAUCUUUGUCAGGUAUUCUCGCUCAUCGCGAUGGAAGAGCCUGAGUCGUUCACGCCCGAGGCCAUUCGCGAUGCCAAGGUGAACCUCUUGCGCUCCGUGAAACCCAUUUCCGCCGACGAUGUGCUGUUGGGCCAGUAUGUCGCACACAACGGCAAGCCUGGUUACAAAGAUGAUGAGACUGUGCCGAAGGAUAGCAAUACGCCGACAUUUGCCGCGGUCGUUCUACACGUCGACAACGAUCGCUGGCGCGAUGUGCCGUUUAUCAUGAAGGCCGGCAAGGCGCUCGACGAAAGCAAGGUCGAGAUUCGCGUCCAGUACCGCGAUCUCGAGCACGACAUUCACAAUAUUGAGCGUAACGAGCUUGUGAUUCGCAUUCAGCCGGGCGAGGCACUGUACUUUAUCAUGAAUACCAAGGUGCCUGGCCACGCGAGCGAGACUGUGCCUGUGGAGUUGGAUCUCACGUACAAGCACCGUUUCCAGGACGCCUAUAUCCCGGAGGCCUACGAAGCUCUGAUCCUUGACUGCCUGCGUGACGAACACUCGAACUUCGUGCGUGAUGACGAGCUGGAGGCUAGCUGGUCCAUCUUCACGCCCAUCCUUCAUGCCAUUGACGCAGGAGAACUGCCGUGCGAGCCUUACAAGUAUGGCUCGCGUGGCCCUGAGCAGCUCAACGAUUUUAUCGAGAAGUUCGGCUACAAACCCAAGAAAAAUUAUGAGUGGCCCGAGACCAAUGUAAAGGAGCUAUGCUCCAAAGAGUAG